CUGGAACCGGGGCUCCACGCAGGAGCGAGCAAGCCAGCGAGCCAGCCAGCCAGCCAGCCAGCCUGCCUUCCCCGUCUCCCGCAGGUUGCCAGGGGUAGCUGCCCAGGAGGGCAAAGCCCGGGGGAAGAGCCUGUCUUGGAAAAGCCAGUAUGGCGCGACCACUUUCCCAGGGGCACCAGCUCCUGAGUUUCGACACGAUCAGAACAUAAGAUGUCUCUGAAGAAUGAGCCCCGAGUAAACACCUCCGCGCUGCAGAAGAUAGCCGACGACAUGAGCAACAUAAUAGAAAACCUGGAUACCAGGGACCUCCAUUUUGAUGGAGAGGAAGUGGAUUUUGAUUUUUCCCCUGACGAUUCCAAACCUGUGCGCAUCCCCUUCUCUGUCAUCUACCACACUCAAGGAUUAAGGAGCCAAAAUAACGACCUAUUAACGGGGUGUCCCAUCAAAGCCCAGGUCCUGGAAGUGGAGCGAUUCACCUCGACAACAAGGGUCAGUACAAGUAUUAAUCUUUACACUAUUGAAUUAACCCAUGGUGAAUUUACAUGGCAAGUAAAAAGGAAAUUCAAGCAUUUUCAAGAAUUUCAUAGAGAGCUACUGAAGUACAAAGCCUUUAUUCGAAUCCCAAUUCCCCACCAAAGGCACACAUUUCGAAGACAAAAUGUUAAAGGAGAAGAACCAAGAGCAAUGCCAAGCUUACCUCGGACAUCAGAAAAUAUGGUCAGAGAGGAGCAAUUCUCCAGUAGAAGAAAACAACUGGAAGAUUACUUGACAAAGCUAUUAAAAAUGCCCAUGUAUAGAAACUAUCAUGCCACAACCGAGUUCCUUGACGUGAGUCAGCUGUCCUUCAUCCAUGAUUUGGGACCAAAAGGCAUAGAGGGCAUGAUAAUGAAGAGAUCCGGUGGACAUCGGAUACCAGGUCUGAAUUGCUGUGGCCACGGAAGAGCCUGCUAUCGAUGGUCCAAGAGGUGGUUAAUAGUGAAAGAUUCCUUCUUACUCUACAUGAAGCCUGACAGUGGAGCCAUUGCCUUUGUCCUCUUGGUAGACAAAGAAUUCAGCAUUAAGAUGGGGAAGAAGGAAACAGAUACAAAAUAUGGACUCCGGAUUGAUAAUCUUUCAAGGACGCUGAUUUUGAAAUGUAACAGUUACAGACAUGCACGGUGGUGGGGCGGGGCCAUUGAAGAAUUUAUCCAAAAACAUGGUGCCAACUUCCUCAAAGAGCACAGGUUUGGAUCUUAUGCUGCAGUCCAGGAGAACACCCUGGCCAAAUGGUAUGUUAAUGCCAAAGGGUAUUUUGAAGAUAUAGCAAAUGCUAUGGAAGAAGCAAAAGAAGAGAUUUUCAUCACAGAUUGGUGGUUGAGUCCAGAAAUCUUCCUAAAACGCCCGGUGGUAGAAGGAAAUCGUUGGAGACUAGACUAUAUUCUCAAACGGAAAGCACAACAAGGGGUGAGGAUAUUUGUGAUGCUCUACAAAGAGGUUGAACUGGCCCUUGGCAUCAACAGUGAAUAUAGCAAGAGGACUUUAAUGCGCCUGCACCCCAACAUAAAGGUGAUGAGACACCCAGAUCAUGUUUCUUCCACUGUGUAUUUGUGGGCUCACCAUGAGAAACUUGUUAUCAUAGACCAGUCAAUAGCUUUUAUUGGUGGAAUUGACUUGGCCUAUGGAAGAUGGGAUGACAAUGAGCACAGGCUGACUGAUGUGGGCAGCGUCAAACGCAUCACUGUGGGACAGUCAACGUUUUCCCUCACAGGAGAGAUGGGAGAAUCCAAUGAAGCCCUGAACCUCAAAGGGAAAAAAGAUCUUAAAAUCAGUCUUCCAUUCCCCAAAAGCACCGAUGAUUCUGACUCUAGGAUGAAAGGUGUGGGUAAAGGAAGCAAAUUCUCCAAAUUCAGCCUUUACCGGCAGCUACACCGACACAACCUGGAAAAUGCCGACAGCAUCAGCAGCCUUGAUAGCUCCUCAAGUUAUUUUAAUCACUGUAGAAGUCACCAGAAUUUAAUCAGAGGGUUAAAGCCCCACUUGAAAUUCUUGCAUCAUUCCAGCGAGUCCGAACAAAGACUCGCAGACCCUGGAGGUGACACGGGAUCCAUCCGUAGUUUGCAGACAGGCGUGGGAGAACUCCACGGGGAAACUCGAUUCUGGCAUGGAAAGGACUAUUGUAAUUUUGUCUUCAAAGACUGGGUUCAGCUGGAUAAGCCCUUUGCAGAUUUCAUUGACAGAUAUUCCAUGCCACGGAUGCCAUGGCACGACAUCGCCUCUGUGGUCCACGGGAAGGCUGCGCGGGAUGUUGCCCGUCAUUUCAUACAGCGAUGGAACUUCACAAAGAUUAUGAAGCCAAAAUAUCGAUCCCUUUCUUACCCAUUCCUGCUGCCCAAAUCUCAAGCUACAGCCCAUGAGCUGCGGUAUCAGGUGCCUGAGUCUGUCCAUGUUACAGUACAGUCACUCCGUUCUGCUGCUGAUUGGUCGGCCGGCAUAAAAUACCAUGAAGAAUCCAUCCAUGCUGCAUACGUGCAUGUGAUAGAGAACAGCAAGCACUACAUAUAUAUUGAAAACCAGUUCUUUAUUAGUUGUGCUGAUGACAAAGUUGUCUUCAACAAGAUUGGUGACACCAUUGCCCAGCGGGUACUCAAAGCUCACAGAGAGAACCAGAGGUACCGUGUGUACGUGGUGACCCCGCUCUUGCCUGGAUUCGAAGGAGACAUUUCAACAGGCGGUGGAAAUGCGCUCCAGGCCAUCAUGCAUUUCAAUUACAGAACCAUGUGCAGGGGAGAAAAUUCCAUCAUUGGACAAUUAAAAGCUGAGAUUGGCAAUCAAUGGAUAAAUUAUAUAUCAUUCUGCGGACUUCGAACACAUGCAGAACUGGAAGGAAACCUUGUCACAGAACUCAUCUAUGUCCAUAGCAAGUUGCUCAUAGCUGAUGAUAAUACUGUCAUUAUUGGAUCUGCAAAUAUAAAUGACCGGAGCAUGCUGGGAAAGCGUGAUAGCGAAAUGGCAGUCAUUGUGCAAGACACCGAGACAGUCAGCUCUAUGAUGAAUGGAGAAGAGUACCAGGCAGGGAAAUUUGCCCAGGGACUUCGGCUGCAAUGCUUCAGGGUUGUCCUCGGCUAUCCUUCAGAGCCAACUUCAGAGAUUCUAGAUCCUGUGAGUGACAAAUUCUUCAAGGAGGUCUGGAUCUCAACAGCGGCUCGGAAUGCUACCAUAUAUGACAAGGUGUUCCGAUGCCUUCCCAACGAUGAGGUGCACAAUCUCAUACAGCUUCGAGAGUUCAUCAACAAACCUGUAUUAGCAAAGGAGGAGCCUGCACGAGCAGAGGAAGAAUUAAAAAAGAUCCGUGGGUUCCUCGUGCAAUUCCCUUUUUAUUUCCUGUCUGAAGAAAACUUGCUGCCUUCUGUGGGAACAAAGGAAUCCAUGGUACCCAUGGAGGUCUGGACUUAGGAGGAUGGGGGGUGUCUUCCCUGGUCCCCGUCUCUCUUCCUGGAGGUGAUUUUGCACACAGGGCCAGGCUCUCCCCACCGAAGAGAUCUCUGCCAGCCUACCUGGUGCUUUUCAAGAAUGUGCCAGGUAUUUAAAUUCUCCAGACAGAAAGAGGCAUGACUAUGUAGAGUGUUUUGAAGACACUAAAAGUCAGAACCAGACGUAGAUAACGAGCAUGUUCAAACCACAUUAGAACACUGACUUUAUUGGUGACGUGACAUUUGAUCGAGUGAAUCCCACAAGAGGAAAUACACAAUCCUAAGUGGGAGCAUGGAAGUUGUGCCUACAAAUGCUGCAGGGUGGCCGGGGGGCCUUGAACCUGUUUCCCCUUCUGUGGUUUCUUGAGCUGCUCAGGUCCCACGGGCCAUCAAGGUGCAGCUUGAGAUGGGAUCUGCACUCAAAACCAAGAUCACUUGAGGCUGCUGACAGCCCACAAGUGUCCUUGGCCAUCCAUUCCCAAAGUAACGUUGUUCACUCAGCAAGAGGAUCAGCAAUCAUCCCACUUUAUUAAGCCUUGUUGACCCUUUCUCCUUUUCAAGGAAUGAAAGGGCAGAGCUGACUUUAUCUCUUACUGCAAUCCCGUGUGAGGUGCUGCCUUUCCCCCAACCCUCAAGCACUCUUGUCUGUCUGGCUUCGCCCCAAUGAGGGAAGAAUGGAAGUUGUAAAAGAGAAAAAUUUAGAUUUCACAUCAGGAAAAAUGUCCUAACAAUGAGAGCUAUGAGUGGGACAUUUAGAGAGAUGUUGGGUCCAGCUACUUAGACCUCUGGAUGGCCACCUGAGUUAGGGUAAGGAUUUAUCUGGUGUGUGAUCUGGCUAAAUGGCCCAGGAGGACCCUUUCCAACUCCAAAUUUCCAAGAAUAGAUUUGUACAGGCUUGUCAUCAGCCCAGGCAUCUUUUUUUUUUUUUUUAAUUUUUGCAGGGCAAUGAGGGUUAAGUGAUUUGUCCAGAGUCACACAGCUAGUAAGUGUCAAGUGUUUAAGACCGGAUUUGAACUCAGGUCCUCCUGAAUCCAGGGCUGGUGCUUUAUCCAUUGCAGCCCCGGCAUCUUUAAAGUGAGCCACUGUGACAAAGGCAGGCUGACCAAUCCAAUUUGAAAACAUAAAUCUAUCUCCAUUCACUCUUUUUUUGGGGGGGGGGGAAGCAGGGCAAUGAGGGUUAAAU